GUGGCUCUAGUUUAGUCUCCAGUUGGACUGUAGUCUGUGAGCAAUCUGUUUAACUUCGUGUCUGAACAUAGACCUGAAGUUUACCGGAAAAUAAAUGUUUUUAGUACAUUUAAGUCGUUGUUAUAUCCAGGUCGCUAGCUAACCGAGCGCGAACUGUCCGAAAACUUAUCAUCCCCACAGUUUCAGUUGGAAGUGAUUAUAUAAAGUUGGGAACGAUUUUAAACGUCGAUUAUCAAAACUCGUAUCUGUUACAUAAAAGGAGGAGGUGUCGCAUAGAUGUUAAUGCCAUCGAUUCGUCGAAACAGGACGAAGCGAACAGCGGAGGCGAACCUGUUCUGUUCGUUGAGCGUGAACAGAGGCGAAGUCGCGUCUGCUCAAGCAGUUAAAGUAUAAACCGAAGAGAACAGUUGUUUUAUCCCGAGUUUUCUGGGACUGUAGCUACAAGGAUACUAGCAGGAAAAGGCAAUAUGGAAUUACAGGUUUAAACACGGGUUUAAAUAAGAGAAGAAGAGGCGGCAAACGGGGAGAAAAGGUGAAAGUGAAAGUAUAACGUCAGCCCAGCCUCCAUUUUAAAGUCGACAGUUGAAGGAGGAAACAAUUGAUUUAUCUGCUGAUUUUUCUCUUUAGUUCUACUUCAUUUUAGAAAAAUAACCAACAGUUUCUGUGCUCUCACAGCUACAUGUGACGUUUACCUGAAGUCGGACCAGUUUAAACCACAGUCAAAGUUUGUCUUUAUAGAAAAUACACGUGGUUUUAAUGAUACAAAUGUAGAAUAAACAUGAAUUUACAGGUGUGUCUGCAGUGAUGCAGGUUUGCUUCUGACAGUGAUCUGUGAAGAUGACGAGUGGUCUGAAGGAAGAGGAGGACGGAGCAGAGUCUCCAGUCCCCAGCUGUUGGUCUAUGAAGAGUGACCAGUCCAAAGAAUUUCCUCUGUUCUUCAGCAAUGAACCUGGACGCUCAGACACACAAGGGAGGAAGAGGAGUGAUGUGUCUGUGGAGCAGCAGCUGUCCAGCUGUGCUCUGUGUCAGGACGUCCUGAAGGAUCCAGUCUCUACCAGCUGUGGACACUGGUUCUGCAGACAGUGCAUCACCUCAUACUGGGACCAGUCUGGUUCAUCAGGAGACUCCUCCUGUCCCCAGUGUGGACAAAGACCCAGAACAAGACCUGGACUGCAGACAGCCAGUCAGACCAGCACUGAACAAAUGGACGUUGUUCUGCAGGAGGUUUUAGAUCAACAUAAGAUCAGUCUGAGGAGCAGAUGUGAACAUGUGACUGAAGGAACUGAUGGAACAGGAAGUGGAACACUCCUCAACAGGAUCUACACUGAGCUCCACAUCACAGAGGGACAGAGUGAAGAGGUUAAUACCCAACAUGAGGUGAGGCAACUGGAGACAACUUCCAAGAUGGAGACCCUCCAUGACGCUCCAAUCAGGUGCCACGACAUCUUUAAAGCCUUACCUGACCAGCAGAGAGAAGACGUCUCUAAAGUCUCACCUGACCAGCAGAGACCCAUCAGAGUGGUUCUGACCAACGGCGUCGCUGGCGUUGGAAAAACCUUCUCAGUGCAGAAGUUCUCUCUGGACUGGGCAGAGGGCUUGGAGAACCAAGAUGUCAGUCUGCUGGUUCUGCUUUCGUUCAGGGAGCUGAACCUGAUCAGAGAUCAGCAGUACAGUCUUCUCAGGCUGCUCCAUGUUUUCCAUCCAACAUUACAGAAGGUCACAGCAGAGCAGCUCGCUGUCUGUAAAGUUCUGUUCAUCUUUGACGGCCUGGAUGAAAGCAGACUGUCACUGGAUUUCAACAACAGGAAGUCUGUGUGUGAUGUCACACAGGAGUCAUCAGUCAACGUGCUGCUGACAAACCUCAUCAGGGGGAAUCUGCUUCCCUCGGCUCUCGUCUGGAUAACUUCCAGACCUGCGGCGGCCAAUCAGAUCCCUCCUACAUGUGUGGACAGGGUAACAGAAGUACGAGGCUUCACUGACGCCCAGAAGGAGGAGUACUUCAGGAGGAGAUCCAGUGAUGAAGAGCUGUCCAGCAGAAUCAUCUCACACAUCAAGACGUCCAGGAGCCUCCACAUCAUGUGUCAAGUCCCAGUCUUCUGCUGGAUCACUGCUACAGUUCUGGAGCACAUGUUGACCACAGACCAGAGAGGAGAGCUGCCCCAGACCCUGACUGACCUGUUCUCACACUUCCUGCUGGUUCAGACACAGAGGAAGAAGAACAAGUACCAUGAGGGACGUGAGACGAGUCCACAGGAGCUGACGGAGGCUGACGGGGAAGUUCUUCUGAAGCUGGGGAGGCUGGCGUUUGAACAUCUGGAGAAAGGAAACAUCAUGUUCUACCAAGAAGACCUGGAGCAGUGUUGUCUUGAUGUCACAGAGGCCUCGGUGUACUCAGGACUUUGCACUGAGAUCUUCAGAAGAGAGAGUGUGAUCUUCCAGAAAACAGUCUACUGCUUUGUUCAUCUGAGCGUUCAGGAGUUUCUGGCUGCAGUCUACAUGUUCCACUGUUACACCAACAGCAAGACAGAGGUCCUGGAGAACUUCCUGGGGAAACAACAUGUUGAUUCAUCUCCGGAUGAGUUCCUGGGGGCAGCCAUGGAGAAAUCCUUCAGAAGUAGAAACGGUCACCUGGACCUGUUUGUUCGCUUCCUUCAUGGCCUCUCUCUGGAGACCAACCAGAGACUCUUAGGAGGUCUGCUGGGUCAGAAAGAGAACAGUCCAGAAACCAUCCAGAGAGCCAUCACCAACCUGAAGAGGAAGAGGCCAAAAACCUCUCCUGACAGAAGCAUCAACAUCUUCCACUGUCUGAUGGAGAUGAAGGAUCACUCAGUUCACCAGGAGAUUCAAAAGUUCCUGAAGUCAAAGAACAGAUCAGAGGAGAGACUCUCUCUGAUCCACUGCUCAGCUCUGGCCUACAUGCUGCAGAUGUCAGAGGAGGUUCUGGAUGAGUUGGACCUGAAGGAGUACAACACAUCAGAGGAGGGACGACAGAGACUGAUCCCAGCUGUGAGGAACUGCAGGAAGGCUCGGUUUGCUGGUUGUGGACUCUCAGAGACUCACUGUGAAGUCGUGGCCUCAGCUCUGAAGUCCAACCCCUCCCACCUGAGACACCUGGACCUGAGUGACACCAGGCUGCAGGAUUCAGGAGUGAGGAUCCUGUCUGCUGGACUGGAGAGUCCAAACUGUGGACUGGAGACUCUGAGGUUGAAGAGCUGCUUGUUGACAGAGAUCAGCUGUUCUUCUCUGGCCUCAGCUCUGAAGUCCAACCCCUCCCACCUGAGAGAACUGGACCUGAGCUACAACAACCUGCAGGAUCCAGAUGUGAAGCAGCUGUGUGAUCUUAAGGAGAGUCCAGACUGUCGACUGGAGACUCUGAGAUGGAAGAACUCUAGUUUGUCAGAGAUCAGCUGUUCUUCUCUGGCCUCAGCUCUGAAGUCCAACCCCUCCCACCUGAGACACCUGGACCUGAGUGACAACGACCUGCAGGAUCCAGAUGUGAAGCAGCUGUGUGAUUUUCUGGAGAGUCCAGACUGUGGACUGGAGACUCUGAGGUUGAGAUACUGCAGGUUGUCAGAGAUCAGCUGUUCUUCUCUGGCCUCAGCUCUGAAGUCCAACCCCUCCCACCUGAGAGAACUGGACCUGAGUGACAACAAGCUGCAGGAUCCAGAUGUGAAGCAGCUGUGUGGUUUUCUGGAGAGUCCAGACUGUCGACUGGAGACUCUGAGGUUGAUGAACUGCAGAUUGUCAGAGAUCAGCUGUUCUUCUCUGGCCUCAGCUCUGAAGUCCAACCCCUCCCACCUGAGACACCUGGACCUGAGAGGAAAUGAGCUGCAGGAUCCAGAUGUGAAGCAGCUGUGUGAUCUUAAGGAGAGUCCAGACUGUCGACUGGAGACUCUGAGGUUGAAGAGCUGCUUGUUGACAGAGAUCAGCUGUUCUUCUCUGGCCUCAGCUCUGAAGUCCAACCCCUCCCACCUGAGAGAACUGGACCUGAGUGACAACAACCUGCAGGAUCCAGAUGUGAAGCAGCUGCGUGACCUUGUGGAGAGUCCAGACUGUGGACUGGAGACUCUGAGAUGGAAGAACUCUAGUUUGUCAGAGAUCAGCUGUUCUUCUCUGGCCUCAGCUCUGAAGUCCAACCCCUCCCACCUGAGACACCUGGACCUGAGUCACAACGAGCUGCAGGAUCCAGAUGUGAAGCAGCUGUGGUAUUUUCUGAAGAGUCCAGACUGUCGACUGGAGACUCUGAGGUUGAGUUGCUGCAGUUUGUCAGAGAUCAGCUGUUCUUCUCUGGCCUCAGCUCUGAAGUCCAACCCCUCCCACCUGAGAGAACUGGACCUGAGUGACAACGACCUGCAGGAUCCAGAUGUGAAGCAGCUGUGUGGUUUUCUGGAGAGUCCAGACUGUGGACUGGAGACUCUGAGGUUGAGUUGCUGCAGUUUGUCAGAGAUCAGCUGUUCUUCUCUGGCCUCAGCUCUGAAGUCCAACCCCUCCCACCUGAGACACCUGGACCUGAGCUACAACGAGCUGCAGGAUCCAGGUGUGAAGCAGCUGUGUGGUUUUCUGGAGAGUCCAGACUGUGGACUGGAGACUCUGAGGUUGAGAUACUGCUGGUUGUCAGAGAUCAGCUGUUCUUCUCUGGCCUCAGCUCUGAAGUCCAACCCCUCCCACCUGAGAGAACUGGACCUGAGUCUCAACGAGCUGCAGGAUCCAGAUGUGAAGCAGCUGCGUGAUCUUAAGGAGAGUCCAGACUGUCGACUGGAGUCUCUGAGAUGGGAGUGGUGGUGAUCGUCCUAAAGAUCUGACGGAGGAAUCAGAAGAAGUGGAGAUGACUCUCAGUGCUGCAGUCUGAACUGAUCUGAGAUCAGCUCCACCAUCAUCCCUGUGACUCCUCCACCUUCCACCUGCACCAGAGUCUCAGUUUCAGGAGGUUUUGGUUCUGCUUCUUCCUCUGGAUCACCUCCAGUCGAGGCUGGUUUGGGAAGACUUCCACAGUUUUUGUAUUUACAGUUUUUCUCAGUCGCUUUGGUUCGUUUCUCAGAUCAGAAUUGAAAUUCUCAAAACUACUUGUUCAAUCUUCACAUCAUUGUGUCACUUGUGCAAAUCAAAAAAGCAGUUUCUCAGUUCUUUGAACAAGUUGCAGAUGCUUUGGUUCAUCAUGCAAAUGAUUAUGUACAAUUCUCUGCUGUUUCCUACAUUAUCAGUUGCUUAUGUCAUAUUGAUCAAAAUGUAUUAUAAUGGGUCUCUGUUGAAUAGUCUCACCCCCCACAACAUUUAGGCAUUAGUUCAUCGCAUAAGUCUUUACAUGCAAAAUGGUUGAACAAGUUGUCAUAAUAUGUCAAGCAUAUCUCUAUACAUUUCCAUUAGACUUUUAUUUUCUAAAUCUGUCCUGAAUUGGUAAAUUCCUCCCAGGUGAAUCUUGACUUUCUCUAUCAACUGGCAAGUAUAUAUAUAUAUAGCCGGAGCACAACACAAUGUUACAAUGUCUGACAAUGGAAGGACAAGGAAUUGGACGGGGUCAACAGCCAGAGAGAAGAAGAAGAGGAAGAGGAGUGAGGCUGCGUGGAGGAGGAGUUGGGAGGCAAAACAGAGGAAGAGGCAGACGAGGCCUUUCUGUAUCACAAUGACAUGGUCUGUCAACAAAUUACAGCACAAACAGUAAAAGUGAAUCUUGUCCAGUCUCUUGCAAUCAAUACACUAAGGUGUAACUUACAAUUUACAAUAAUUGUCAUUAAAACUUUAGCCAUAGUUUACAUCAGAACAUCCCUCCAGAGUCACACUGUUAUAUUGACAACACGACUAAGCAAUUUGACUAAUUUUGACCCAUUUUGUCUUGAUGCUUUGAAACAUGUGACCAUCAGUCUGUGCUGAAACCUGCAGGUUAUCAGUUCAUGUUUGUGUUGUAGCUCCAUCUUGUGGAUCGAUGCAGUUUUGCAGCUGCCUUCCUUUAAUCAGACAGACUGCAUGUGAAGAGGAAUCCAAUUAGUUUAAGUGCGUUUGUUUUUCAUAUAUGUACAGAACGCUGAUAUUACAUCACAGUGGAAGUUCCAAGUUUGUGUAAUAAAUAAAGUCAUUAUUUUA